AUGCUUAGUGGUGUGCGAUCGUCUAGUGAGAUAAGUAAUGGCCGAUUUGGUAAUGAAGGUGAAAGAUUAAAAAUAGGGGAUAGAGUGGUGGUUGAUGGGUUGCGAUUGGGAGUUAUUAAGUAUUUAGGGCCAGUAGGUACUAAGCGGAACUUAGUUUGUGGGAUUGAGUUGGAUGGUCCUUGGGGGAAUACUAAUGGUACUCGGGCUGGGAAGGUUUAUUUUCAAUGUGCAAUAGGGUAUGGAGUCUUUCGGGAUGCGAAUGAGGUGCGGAAGUAUCGAGCGAAUGAUUAUAAUCAGACGGGGAUGUUAUCACGAGAACCGGCGGAAUCGGUGGAUGAGAAAGAAGAGAAAGAAGAACGAGGAGUGAAAGAAUUAUUGGAUGAGAAUGUGGAGAUACAAAGGUUGGUGGAAGGACUUAGGAAAGAGAAUAAUGAAUUGACGAUGGCUUUAGCGGCCGAAAGACAAACGAGUGAGCGGCUGAGAGGGGAGGUAGGGAGACUAGAGGGCGAGUUAGGGAAGCGACGUAGGGAUGAGUUGGGAGGUGGGAAUGGGUUGGGAUGUGGGUGCAUGAAGAAGGAAGAGGUGGUGAGUGUAGGGGAACGGAGUAGUAAAGUGGGUGAAGGUUGGAGAGGUAAGUUGCUGGAUGGAUUAGGAAAGUCGGGAGGUAAUGGAGUAGGAGUAGGACGAACAGCCCAAGUAAUUGUAAUGGAGUUACUGAAUGAAGUAAAGGAUAAGAUAGAAACUGAACGGAUUCUUCUAGGAGGAUGA